AUGCCACCCAAGAAAUUUGUUCCACGUGAACGGAAGCGGAAAGUUCUCGAGCGGCAGAAGGCACAGAAGGAUGUCUCUCACAAUUCCGACCCUGAUACCAAUGCGCUCGAAAUCACACCUUCACAACAGGCUGAAGCGGAUCGGAGGAAGGCCCAGAUUCGCGAUGAACUGAGGCCCCAGGGUGUCAAAGUCAGCGCUCAAAAGGCCAAACGGCUUGAGAAAUACAUCGACAACAAGCUGAAGAAGGACGAAAAUCGGGAACUUCUCGCUAAGCUUGCCGCCAACAAAAUCGACACCAGCCUCUUCUCCAGCAGCAAAAGACUCGGCCAAGCGAAAGAGACGAAGAGGGAGGCUUUGAGACGCACCCUUAGGGAAGAGAAUGCCGGGCUAGGCCUUGAGAAAUCCGACACACAGCUCCUCUACCAGGUCAGGAAGAGACCCCGCAGCGAGCAAGCACAGGAUGAGGAAUCUGUCACCUCGGAUGAUGAAGACGAUAAAGUCCCGGCGACCGCAACGAACAAUACUGGGCCAGACCCGCCGACACAGUCCGGCCCUGUAGUAAUCGGCUCUGGUUUGAAGCGGCCGCUCCAGCUAGAUGACUCGGGCCACCCGGUUCUUGCAAAACGGCAGAAGCGGGGAGGGGUCAGGCCAAAGCGUGCUAUUGCAACCCCUACCAUCGACGAGAGGUCCGACUCGCCUGAGUGGGAUGGCUUUAGCGAUUCCGAUGGGAGCGCAUCCGAAUCUGGGCCGGGGAUAUCCAGUGGUGAUCGGGUCGGGGGACGAUUGGAGGAAGACUCAAGUGAAAGCAGUUCAGAAUCGGGCGAAAGCGGCUCGGAAUCGGGCGAAAGCAACUCGGCUGACGACAUUGAGAGCUCAGAAGGGGAUAUCGACUCUGAGAGCAGUGAUGAAGAUGGCCAGAAUGGGCAGAAGGGGAUAUCCGCAUUCAAGGCUUGGGCUCAUCAGCAACGAAAUGAAGCCCAGGGGUACAAACCAGUCGCCUCGGAUCACAUACCAAAGCCCGCAGACUUCACGCCUCGACCGAUCGAACAAGACCCGUUGCCGCUAGAGUUGCAACCCACUGCAAACAGCACAAGAAAGGCAUACACUGUCAAUGUGACAAGAGAUGCCAAAAUUCAGGAGGCUCGCUACGAAUUGCCAGUUGUUGCCGAGGAGCAGAAGAUCAUGGAGGCCAUCCACAACAAUGACAUCGUUGUUGUUUGCGGCGAUACUGGUUCCGGAAAGACCACACAGCUGCCACAAUUCCUGUUCGAAGCCGGUUAUGGUUCACCCGACGGGCCAACCCCCGGUAUGAUCGGCGUGACACAGCCGCGGCGUGUCGCAGCGGUUAGCAUGUCGCAGCGUGUAGGCCGCGAGCUCGGUGAUCAUGCCCAUGUCGUGGCCUACCAGAUCAGAUUCGAGAAGAACGCCUCCCGCGACACCGCUAUCAAGUUCAUGACAGAUGGUAUUCUCUUGCGUGAACUCGCCGAGGAUUUUACUCUUAACAAAUACUCGAUUAUCAUUCUCGACGAGGCCCAUGAGCGGAGCACCAACACCGACAUUCUAAUUGCACUUCUCAGCAGAGUGGUUAAGCUUAGAGCAACAUUGAUGGAGGAAGACCCUUCCAAGAAACCCCUGAAGGUUGUCAUCAUGUCUGCAACACUCAGGGUCGAGGAGUUUACCCAGAAUCCCAAGCUGUUCAAGACCCCCCCGCGCCUUGUUCAAGUCGACGGUCGUCAGCAUGAGGUCACGCUUCACUUUGCCCGAAAGACCCAUCAUGACUACGUCGAGGAGGCUUUCCGGAAGGUCAGCAAAGGGCACCGUAAGCUGCCUCCCGGAGGCAUGCUUGUCUUUUUGACGGGCCAAGAAGAGAUCCAACGACUGAGCAAACGGCUGAGUUCCGCGCAUAGCGGCGGCAUGACCCCUGCCAUGGAACCUAAAGUCCGGGUCUCAGGGAGUGAGGUCCCUAUUGAGGCGGAAGACGUCGACUUCGGGGCUUCCGACGACCGAAACGGCGGUGAUGACUACGACCAGCUCGAGUUCGAUUCAGACGAUGAAGAGGACGAGAAGGAGUUCGAGAUUGAGGACGAGGAAUCGGGUACGGGCCCGCGGCGGCUACACAUUCUGCCGCUGUACUCUCUGCUCCCAACAAAAGAGCAGUUGAGAGUGUUUGAACCGCCCCCUGAAGGUUCGCGGCUAGUGAUCCUGGCUACAAACGUGGCGGAGACGAGUUUGACAAUUCCUGGCAUUCGCUACGUUUUCGACUGCGGAAGGUCAAAAGAGCGAAAGUAUGAUCCCGAGAGCGGGGUCCAAAGGUUCCAGAUCGACUGGAUUAGCAAGGCCAGCGCACAACAAAGGGCUGGUCGUGCUGGUCGUACUGGGCCCGGCCACUGCUGGAGGCUGUACUCGUCCGCGGUCUACGAAAGAGAUUUCCCUCAGUUCUCGACACCUGAGAUUCUGCGGACACCUGUUGAAGCUGUGGUGCUGCAACUAAAGUCUAUGAACCUCAAACACAUAGCCAACUUUCCCUUCCCGACCCCGCCAGAUCAACAGAGUAUUGUCAAAGCUGAGAAGAUUUUGACCUAUAUAUCGGCUCUAUCACCCGACAGAAACAUCACACCCGUCGGGUUGACAAUGUCCCGAUUCCCUCUGGCCCCUCGUUUUGCGCGGAUCUUGCUAGUUGGGCAUCUUUACGGCUGUCUCCCCUACACCAUCGCUAUGAUCGCGGGACUGUCCGCCGGCGAGAUCUUCGUGUCAGAAAACCAAGUUCUCUCCGCUGCUGCGGGAUCGACCGAAGAAGACCACCCCGACCGAUAUGUUUACAACGAAUACAAGAGGAAUCAGCUACGGGAGUCAUUCAGGGCGGUUCACAAGAAGUUCUGCUCUCUCGAUGCCAUGUCCGACGCCAUGAAAAUCCUCCAGGUCGUCGGCGAGUUCGCCCACCAACCCACCGAACAGUGGUGCGAAUCCCACUUUGUCCGGUUCAAGGCCCUCAAGGAGAUCAUGCAGCUCCAAGCCCAGCUCGCCAGUCUUGUCAAAACUCACAUGACCGCUUUUAAGAACUUCACACUUCCUCGGACGCUCCCCCGGCCCACCCAGGAACAAGUCCAAGCCCUCAAGCAGAUGGUAUCCGCGGGCUUUGUCGACCAAGUCGCCAUCCGCGCCGACAAGGCGCCCAACCCACCGGAGAUGUUCCGCAAUCCUCGCCGGGCGAUCGACGUGCCUUACCUCCCGCUGAUGCCGCUCGAGGGCCAAGGGGUGAUCGAUCCGGACGACAAGCUGGUGUACAUUCACCCGUCGUCGCCGCUCGCGCGCCUCAGCGCCGACGAGUGCCCCGAGUACGUCGCCUACGCCCACCUCCAGCGAGCGAGCCCCAGCGGUCCUGCUACGGCCGGCGGCAAGAAGCCCAAGACAAGGAUGCAAACCUUGUCCGACCUGACGGGGAGGGAACUGGCGAAUAUCGCCAAGGGUACCCCGUUACUUACUUACGGUAAGCCCGUAAAGGAGGUCAAGGGCGGGGCGGAUAACACGAGGGAGGUGUGGGUGGUGCCCUAUUUGAGGGCUGAGACUGGUGGUGGCAUGGGGUGGCCUCUUCCCAUGCAAAAGAUCAAGCAGAGGAGGGUUGUGGGGAAGGGGUGGGUGGAUGAGUAG